AUGGAAGAUCCUACGGCUGCGGUUACAACGGGUACACCUAGCUCGGCGACACCAGGUGACAUGGAUAACAGCAACAGCAAUGGGAACAAUGUCGCCAGUCUCGGCAGCAGCCCCGAGAUCAUCAAUGGACCCUGCCCUCAUGUGUGGCUUGUCGGCGGCGGGAUAGCGUCGCUGGCUGCCGCCGUCUUUCUGAUUGACGAUGCCCACGUCCCGGGUGAUCACAUUCACAUUCUCGAGGCAUCGUCCAAGGCUGGAGGAUCGAUGGCUACUUUUUCCAAGCCGUCAUGGGAGACUGGGUAUCGUGUGUCGGCCAUCAGGAAGAUGAGUCUCACGUAUCGCUGUCUAUUGGUGAGGCAGGUGAUGGACAAGUAUGGUGUUGAGAAGCCGGAGGCUGUCGAUGUGAGCACCAUGGGACUGAGUGUCAAGAACCAGUGCGACCUGAUGAGGGUAGUCCUCGAGACGGAGAAGGAGCUCGAGGGGCUUGAGAUCCAGGCACUGUUCGAACCCGACUUCUUCGAGACCAACUUCUGGGACCUAUGGUCGUCGCUCAAUCGGUUUCAUCCUUGGUGUAGCGCCGUCGAGUUCAGGAGGUGUCUGCAUCGCUUCUUGCACGAGUUUCCCAACAUGGGGACAUUGUCCGGGGUAGAACAGGCUCCGGAGGAAGACUUUGAGGCUAUUAUUAAGCCAUUGUCGCAGUAUCUCAAGGCGAUGGAUGUCGAGUUUCGUCAUGGCAUUCAGGUCAGCGGACUGGACAUUGAGGACAUUGGUUCCGAGUUCCGAGUUACUGGACUCAAGACUUACCAGGACAACAAGCACGCCGAUUUCGCCCUUGGUCCUUCGGAUCUUGUCCUUAUGACGCUGGGCUCACUCACCUCCGGCAUGGGCUACGGCUCAAAUGACAAGCCUCCGCCGACAAUGGAACUCCGCGACUCUGCUCCCCACGAGCUGGAUCCCUCGUGGACCUUUUGGGACAGGUUAGCGAUGGACCGACCGGAGACCUUUGGCAACCCAGAGGCCUUCUUUGACCGACCGUCCAAGUCGACUUGGCUCUCCUUCACCGUUACCCUCCGUGAUCCGGCCUUCUUCGAGCACCUCCGCUCCUGGACCGGAACCCUGACUGGCGCUGUGCCGCUGAUUACCUUCCGAGACUGUCCGUGGAUGCUGUCGCUCACGAUCCCCCAGCAGCCACACAUCAAGGACCAACCCGAAGACGUCUUUGUGUUCUGGGGAUACGGCCUCUUCCCCGAUCAAGCCGGCAGACACGUAAAGAAGCCCAUGCUCGAGUGUACAGGCACCGAGAUCCUGACGGAGCUGCUUCACCUAAUGGCGUUCCCUCUACACCCAACUCUCGAGCGAUCUAUCACCAUCCCCUGCCUCAUGCCUCUAAUCGGCAGUCCCUUCCUAACGCGAAAGAAGGGCGACAGACCAGACGUGAUCCCCAAGGGAAGCCAGAAUCUAGGCCUGAUGGGCCAAUUCGUCGAGAUCGACCGCGAGGUGACGUUUACGAUGGAGUACUCGGUCCGGUCGGCACAGAUCGCAGUGUACGGGCUCAUGGACGUCGAUAAGAAGCCACCGGGAGUUCAAGGAGAAGAUCACUCGGUGGUGACGCUCGGAAUGGCCUUGAAGACGAUGAUGACCUAG